CCCUCGUCUUACCGUAAUUUUUACCAACUCGGUAAAAUUGAAACUUUUAUGUCUUUCUCCGUUAAUCAUACACCGAAGUCUUCUCAAGGGAGUGAAGGGGACAUUUUCUUUGAAGCAACUCCAGAAGUUGGCGUCGUAAAUGGUAAUAUGAAUCAAAAAAACCAGCCUGAAGAUUCUAAUGCAGACCAAUUUAAUGUAAACAAAAAUGAAUUUAGAAAGAGAGAAAGAUUACAUGAUCAUUCAAUGUCUAUCGAUUCUGUAAUUUCUCCAAUGCAAUCUGUUUAUAUGACACCUCAAGACUCUACCUGUAAUUUAUUGAUAAAUGCGAUAAAACAGGCUGCACUGACUAAUCAUUUCGACCCAAAAUUACGGUCAGAUUAUAUAGCAACUUCACCUACUACAACUCCAUUUUUUACGACACCGUCAACUCCCUUCGGCCCUGGUAGGCAAACCAUGGAUUUUAGUAAUGUUCAUGAAUUUAAUUUUACAUCAAGUACUUCAAAACCACAAUGA